CGCCUCUCAGAGUCGCAGGAGAUCAAACUCCUCGAGCAAUGGAUCGACGCACGGAAGCCCGACCCCGGGACCAAUCCGCUUGCAAUCCCGCCGCCGCUGCCGACGGCGCCUGUUGGAAGGAUGGCGGACGGCGUUUUCACCCCAUACGCAGGGUGCAAGCUCUUUCGGCAACUCCCCAUCUCUCGGAAGACCAAGGAAGGACUUGCGCCGAAGUACAUGGAGAUGAGUGAGAUCCAACGGGCCUCACUGCCUCAUUCACUUUGUGGACGGGAUAUCCUCGGCGCUGCUAAGACCGGGUCUGGAAAAACCCUAGCUUUUAUUAUUCCGGUUGUGGAAAAAUUAUAUAGAGCAAGAUGGUGUCCUGAGGAUGGUGUUGGAAGCAUUAUAAUAUCCCCAACAAAGGAAUUAGCAGGGCAACUUUUUGAAGAAUUGAAAAUAAUUGGAAAGAAUCAUACUCUUAGUGCAGGCCUUUUAAUUGGUGGGCGUAAAGAUGUUGAUGCCGAAAAGGAUCGCGUUAAUGCUCUUAACAUCUUGAUAUGCACACCUGGUCGUCUCCUUCAACACAUGAAUGAGACACUCAACUUUGACUGUUCACAUCUUCAGGUUCUCGUUCUGGAUGAAGCUGAUAGGAUGCUUGAUAAGAAGUUCAAAGGAGAAUUAGAUGCAAUAAUCUCUCAGCUCCCUAAAAGGAGACAAACCUUACUUUUCUCUGCCACUCAAACCAAGUCCGUUAAAGAUCUCGCAAGGCUUAGUUUGAAAGAUCCAGAGUACAUUAGUGUGCAUUCGGAAUCGAUAACAGCGACACCCGAACGCUUGAAACAGGUAGCAAUGGAGGUUCCUCUUGAUCAAAAGUUAAAUGUGUUAUGGAGUUUCAUUAAAUCACAUCUUCGUUCUAAGAUGAUUGUGUUCCUUUCGACCUGCAAACAGGUCAAAUUUGUCUAUGAGGCAUUCAAGAAACUUCGCCCUGGUAUUCCUUUAAAAUGUCUGCAUGGGAAUAUGAAGCAGAACACAAGGAUGGCAAUAUAUUUGGAUUUUUGUGAGACCACUUCAGUGCUAUUUUCAACUGAUGUGGCAUCUAGAGGACUGGACUUUCCUGCAGUAGAUUGGGUGAUUCAGGUUGAUUGCCCUGAAGAUGUUGCAGCUUACAUUCACAGAGUUGGCCGAACUGCACGUUUUGCUUCCGGAGGGAAUUCGGUACUGUUUCUCUCACCUUCGGAAAGGGAAAUGCUGACAAAAUUACAGUCCGCCGAGCCGAAAAUACCGAUACAGCUGAGAAAGGUGAAAUCAGAAAAAAUGGAACAAAUUUCUGGAUCAUUGGCUUCUGUGCUUGUGAAGUAUCCUGAAAUGCAGCAGUUAGCUAAAAGGGCUUUCAUCACUUAUGUGAGAUCCAUAAAUCAUCAGAAGGAUAAGGAGGUUUUUGAUGUAUCUAAAUUACCUCUGGAAGAGUAUUCUGCAUCUCUGGGCCUGCCCAUGAAACCAAGUAUUAGCUCCAAAACCCAAAAAAUGAAAAAUAAAAAAGAAACAGAGCUUAAAAAGAAACAAAAAUCAGAGGCAGAAGAUGAAAUACAGUAUAGUGAUGAAUUCAAAAGCGAUGUUGAAGACGGUGGAAUGAAGGCGGUAGCUGUGAAGAUGAUCCGAGGGAAUGAAGAGAAUUACAACGUUCAUGAAGAAGAAGACAAUUUUCUGGUGCCAAAGAAGUCUUCUGUGGAGCUCGAUAAAAGUGAACUUACUCACUUUCCAACCCGAAUAUUGAAAAAGAAGAAACUGAAGAUAAAUGUCCAUAGACCUGUAGGAACAAGGCUGAAGUACGAUGAUGAUGGCAAUGAAGUAGCUCCUCUUGCCGCCUUCGCCAUCAUGGACAGUGCCGACGCUGUGCUUGAACCAGAAAAAGUGAAGCAAAGAUACGAGAAAUUGAGAGAGGACAUGAAGCAGAGGGACAAGGAAGACAAAGUUCUUCAACGCCAAAGGCUUAGAGAUAAAAGAACCAAGGAUAAGAUGAAGCUGAAGAGAUGGAGGGAAGAAGAAGAGGAAUUUGAUGAGGAUGAUAGUGGCAAUAAUGCGGAAUCAGAUGUGGGAAGAAACACUAUGAUGAGGAACUCAAAGAUAAGUUUUGAGAGCGAGAGCGACGACGAGAGGAAGGUGAAGAAGACGAAGGGUUUUGAUACAGAUGCGAUAUCUUUAGCCGAGCAGGAAGCAUUGGCUUUGAAGCUCUUGAGUUCUAUGCAUUAUUCUUAGGGUUAGUUUUGGUCUGUGUUAUGUUGUUUUAUAACUUGAGAUCCAUGAAAUAGUUUUGUUGCAGAAAAUUUUGAUAAUUUAUGUAAUUCACCAAGUGAAAACUGGUGGUGAUUUUUAUUUUAUUUUCUUAAAGCAGAUUCAUAUGAUGAGAAA